AUGAGUCUCUCCCGCGUUCUUCGUAUUUCGCAGUCCUCCGGUAUCGUCGCCCGACCCUCAACAUGUUCAUCCAGGCGAUUCUUGCAUAGCUCCCCUCCUGUCGGGGCAGCGCCAGGGAAAGACCCACAGCUCUCCCAGGGAGGCGUUUCGCAGAAGGGACAUCGCCAUCCAGGCGACGCCCACGAUCAAGCUGCGCGUUCUGGCCAGUCGACGGCAGACAAGUCACCUUACGACGCGGCUUCCUCGCACCCUGACAAGCAGGCCUCUCGCCAGGGACUAUCGGGAAACCCAGAGGGGGUCGGUUUUGCAGAGCAAGUUGGCUCCGCCAGCUCGAGCGCGGACCACGGGCUGGGGCCAUCCGAGGGCAAGGGGGGCCAUGAAGAGAGCACCCCGCCUGGCUUUCUUGACGCCGUGAAGAGCAAGCUGGGCUUCAAGACGACAAGCGGGGAGGUGAAGCAGAACCGAGGCGGAGGAGAGGGAGUUACGGGAACAGGCUCAUUUCCAGGCAAUAAGCGAAGUGAAGGCAGGAAGCAGAUGCAUACAUCGGCAAUCACGCGCAUGGCAGACCCAACGAAGGGUCAGGCCCCUGACUCGAGCAAGAAGCCGAAGGAUAGCACGCAUGCGGAGCAGAACGACCAUCUCAAACACAGGUCGGAGACCGAUUCCGAUAUAUCCAAAGGUAAAGGGAAUGCCGCCGCGCAACCUAGUCUUCCUUCACAUAAGUUUGGAAAGGAUACGUCUGUACCUCAACAGCGUCGUGGAUUCCACACGUCUCCUCUCCGGCUCAAACAGGAACACACCGCCGAAUCGUACUUCAAAGACGUGGACAAUUCCCCUCCGAAGUCGUCUAAGACGCAUCAGGUCGACUCUUCCGGCACUGGCGCCAAAGUAACGCGUCCUAAUGAACAUGUAUCUGGCGAGCGCUCGGACGCAGGGCCCGAAACCGAGGAGUACCAGACGGUAAGCAAGGACAAGCCGUACGAGACGCCGCCCACACAGGGCAAGGAAAGCGAGAAGAAGCUGCGCUACGGGGGACCUCUAUCGAAAUCUUGUAAUCGAGGCAUGGAGGCCGGAAGUGCCAGUGGCCUACCGCUUCCUCCUCCAGAUACUACUGCAGACACAGGAAGAACAAUCGAGAUGCAGGACAUGCGCCAUCUUCCAGUGUCGAUCCAUGCAGCGCGACGCCUGAACGCAUACAAACCGUCAAGGACGCUCGUGGAUCCAGAAUCGGCCCCGCUGGUGAUUCAGAUAAGUUAUUGCGUUACUGAUGAAUAUCUUGAGAAUGUAUUGGAGUGGCUGUGCAGGCUGCUGCCCUUCGAGAAAAUUCAGACGCUAGAACUGGUGGCUAAGUCAGAUAUGAAUCCAUUUUGGAGGGCGAGGGGGGCGUGGAAGAAGAGGCUGAAGAAUGUGACGGUGGUACGCACGACCAUGCAUAUAAUUGAAGGAAACCGAAUCCUAGGGGAGCUGUGGGCGGAUCCGCAGCCGGGAUCUCGAAAUCGAGACCAAGUUCCGGACGACGAGCUGUUCUUUAUCCCCCGGUUGGAGGCACUCCAGGUUGUCGGCUCGGAAGAUAAGAGCAAGGAGAGUGAUUACAUGGAGGAGAUAUUGCGGCGGCGCAGACAAGUCCUAGAUGAGCGGAAGAAGAUGUCCACAUGA